GGUCUUCUGGUGGUUUCAAAAUAGACUUCCACCGAUGAAGGAUUUUUUAUUGCCCUCCCCCACCAUCACCAACCUCAAAUAAAAAGUACAGGGGUAUAUAUUUCCUUGCCGCCCUCAUGCCACUUGCACUGAAGCAAGGGCCAUUAUUAUAAUACUUGUCAUCUGUUGGUGUCGCAUCGAGACCACCUUAAAAAACAUGAACAGUCCGUAUUUUCGCCAUGAAGUUCUGGCUUGUGAGACUGGUGAGCUGAAAAACUUCUGGGAAAAGACAAUUGAGAAACAAACUCAACAUUCUGAAGCCGAAAAAGACCGUAAAAAAAGAAGUGCACUGACAAAACUCAGACAAGAAUGGAAAGAAAGGCUGGAGAAAAGACUGAAGAUGCUAGAAGAACAGGAUGAGACUGAAGAAACCCAUAACUGAUCUUCAUGCACAUCUGUGUUUGACAGAAAUAUGGCCAUAAGCUAAAUUGAAAGAUGAAAGUUUGUGUUCAGGCACAGUUCUAAUGUAUGGCUUGUUUUCAUUCAGAAACUUCACUGAAUUUAUGUAGGAAAUACAUGUACUGUAGAUACUGCUUUUUGAGUGUGUCUUUGAAUAUUUGACUUCAUCCUUUGGCUAGCACAGUCACCCUUUAUAUUCCUCUUGAAAGUUUUCUUAGCACUAUAUCAUACUUUCCUAAUUGGUAAUUUAUUGUUGAAAUGAUGGAUUUUAGAUUUGUAAUAUAAUUUGCCCUGUUUUUCAGGCACUUCCAGUGUUAUGUUAUUUUACAGCUUUUCAUCAAUUAUGUAGAGCCACAAAUAAAUUUACUAAAUAAAUAAAACAUCAA